UUGCUAGAGAGUGAGGUUGGUACCAAGCUUAGCUAAGCAAUCCGCAGGCGAAUUCGGACGCUUAUAGUGAGUGGCGGCAGGUUGGUUUUGCAUCAGCCGAGAAGCGCGCGCGAUGAGGCCGGCAGCGGCGGUGACGCACGACGACCUGUCCCUCCGCAAGGCCCAGGAGCGGCGGGCGGGGCGGUCCGGCGGGCAGAUCGCCGUCGCGCUCGUCGCGCUCUCCGUGCUCUGCGGUCUCGUCAGCUUCAUCCUCUGCCUCGCCGCCGAGGGCUCGCGCUCCGAGGUGUCCAACUACCUGAUGAGCGUGGGCGCGAGCGCGGGGCAGGUGGACGUGUGCGUCUACAACAGCAGCGGCCGCUCGCCGCUCGGCUUCGCCAUCGGGGCGUUCCUGCUGCUCGCCGUCGCCAUGUUCGCCGUGCACGCCUACAUGCUGCUGGCCGUCGCGGCACCGGACUCCGCGGCCGCGGGGCUCGCCGUCGCCGAGGACCACCCGCGCGUGUCCUCCGCCACCAACACCCUCACCUGGCAAACCUGCUGCCUCUUCUUCAUCACAUGGAUUUGCUUCGGGCUCGCGGAGGUGCUGCUCAUGAUCGGCAUCGGGGUGGAGUCCGGGCACAUCAGCGAUUGGCGGAAGCCGCGGCAGGUGUGCCACCGGGUGCGUCCGGGGAUGUUCGCGGCGGCGGGGAUACUAGGCCUCAUCACCGUCGUCGUCGGCUUCGUCGUGUACGUCACCGCAGUGCAGACGCAGAAGCUGCGAGCGCGGCACGACGGUGGCCACUUCGCCGGACACGGCGCGCCUUACCCUGGCAGCGCCCCCUACCCUGCACCAUACCCGGGCACCCAGCAACACCACCUGCAGCCGCCGGUGUCGUACCCACCACACCCUCAUCCGGCGCCGAAUGCCCCGGAGAUCACAGCGGCAGCAUGCCAAGUGCAGUCCAGCAACGCGUGGAGCAUCACCAAGGAUAAGGAGUAAAAUGGCUGCUUGAAUGCCUGACAGACUGAUUGGUCGACAAGUGCAGAGAUAAUCUACACUGCGCGUGUUCUUUUUCGUUUUAAACCAUUGUUUGAAUAAUUUGGAUUAACAUUUGAUUACAUGUAUAAAGAAAUUUGUCUGAGAACAAAAAGAUGUUGAA